UUUCUUUCUUUCGCUUCCAAACCAAGAUGCCUCGCGGUCCGAAGAAGCAUUUGAAGCGCCUCAAUGCGCCAAGCCAUUGGAUGUUGGAUAAACUCAGUGGAGCUUUCGCACCACGACCAUCACCAGGCCCUCACAAGUUACGGGAGUCUAUGCCACUGAUCAUAUUUUUGAGAAAUCGUCUCAAGUAUGCCUUGAACGGAGAUGAAGCAAAAAAAAUUGUCAAAAAACGUCUGAUCAAAGUUGAUGGAAAAGUCAGAACUGAUCUUACGUUUCCAGCUGGAUUUAUGGAUGUGAUAACCAUAGAAAAGACUGGAGAAAAUUUCCGUCUUCUUUACGAUGUAAAAGGUCGUUUCACAACCCACAGAAUUCACAGUGACGAGGCCAAGUAUAAGCUUUGCCGUGUGAAGAGAAUGGCUGUUGGAGCCAAGGGUAUCCCAUAUUGUGUUACCCACGACGGUCGUACAAUCCGGUACCCGGAUCCUGUGUUGGGCGUUCACGAUAGCAUCAGAGUGGACAUCAAGACUGGGAAGAUCCAGGAUUACAUUAAGUUUGACAACGGAAAUUUAGCAAUGAUCAUCGGAGGUCGUAACAUGGGACGUGUUGGUAUUAUCACCCACAGAGAAAAACAUGCGGGUUCAUUCGAUAUUGUCCAUGUGAAAGAUGCCAAAGGCCAUCAAUUUGCCACCCGAAUGGGCAAUGUUUUUAUUAUUGGAAAGGGCAACAAGGAAUGGGUGUCUCUGCCGCGUGGCAAGGGUGUGAGGUUGACAAUUGCUGAAGAACGAGACAGACGUCUUGCAGAGAAAGUUAAACAUUGAAUUUGUGAAGUGUUGUAUUUUGAAAUGUUUAACAAUAAAUAAUCGAGGAAAGGCAGAAGAGA